AUGCCCGCUGCCACCCAUAGCCCGGUGGUCAUCAACAGCUCUUCGCCUCCCAUCACUCCGCCCAGCAUCCCCGAGAGCAAUGACCGACCCGUAUCCUCCUCUUCCGCUUCGCUGCUUUUGCCCUCGGCAUUUGUGCGACCGCGAGCAGCUGGCCUCAAGACCGGAUCGAGAGCGCAACACGUGCCGGAUGGCGUCAACAUGGGCUUUGCGAGCGCGGGCAGCCUAGUCAAGUCGAAUCACUUCGCGACAGCUGAGCUGGACAGAGAUGUUGGAUUGGGAGGGGAAGGCGAAGCUAUAAAGCCGAAGAAGGGGCAAGGCAGCAAAGAGAAGCAGAUAGAGACCGCAGGCACCAGCAAGCUGACGAGGCCACGCAAGAGGCGCAAGACGGAGGAGGCAGUCAAAGAUGUGGCGGUGGUUGCGGCCGCGUCUCCCUCAGAACGACUGCACGUCUUCAGGCAUCAUGCUGUCGGCGGCGAUGUGGGCACAACCAACGCUACACCGACCAAGGCUUCGCCUGGCGUGGACCUACCCACAAUACGGACGAGGACGCCGACUGUGACACUGUCAGAAUACGCGUUCAAGGUAGGCGAAAGCCCUGGACCCGUGCAGCAGCGCAAGAAGACAACCAAGGUCCGCAAUGCUGCCACGAAGAAAGCUGAUGCUGGCCUGGACAAGCCUGUCAAGAAGUCGCGGAAGAGGAAAGCCAAGUCUGCAUCCUUCAUUCUGAAUUCCGACGAGCCAGACGAUGAUGGAACUGUGCUUCAGGCUCCUGAAGAGGCACGCGGAGGGGGCCAGGAGACCAAGAGCGAUGCACCAGCGCGCAGCAAGGGAUUCGGAGCAUUCGCUUUCGGUCGAGAAGAGCACCACUUGGAGGUCGACGCCAGCAUCUCUGCUGAAGUGGAGCAACUCGAUGUUCCCGUAACAGAGGAGACGUCUGCGCACUUCGCAAGCCGAGAAAGUCAAGGACUGGUUCCAAAAGUAACUGCACCAAACACUAUCGAAGCACCUUAUGUCGCGCCGAUCCUACCCAGAGAAUUGUCUGCAGAAACGCCUGGAGAACUGCCUGGUCCAAUUCAUCAUGCGGCAGCAAAGCGGCGGAUAGGCUGGACACCACCCAAAGACACUGACACCAUCCACGCUCCACUCGACCUCUCGCCAGCACCCUCACACGAGGACGCUUUCCCAAACUCUCCACCCAAGCAACACCUCUCGACAGUCCUGAGCGGCUUUGGAUACAUGUCUGAUAUCAACUCGGCUACUCCAUCGAUGCGUGACGUUCGGCUUGAAGCUGCAACCAAGCGACGGCGAAUCGAGCUCGCCGAUUCCAGUACCAAUACCGCAGCUGCUGGCCAGCAGAGGCAAGUCACCGAGCAUUCUGCGGUUACAAAACCUACGAAGGAGAAGAAGCCCAAGAAACCUGCAAAAAAGGUGCAAACGAUUACUGCCCUGGCAACUGCGGCGUUUCAGCCGCCUCAGCAGCCAUCUAGACAGCCAGAUACUGUUGUCUCGGAGCUUUUCACGGCGGACAAGGACAAGCCACCACCGCUGCCGCAGGAGACAGUCAUGCCUGCAGCAGGAACCCGGCCUGCGUCCAAGGCGAAGAAGCUGCGAAAGCCUCGUACCAAACCUACUGCGGUCGCGGAUGAUAACACAGUCGAGAAUUCGAAGCCCAAGGCCAGAACCAAAGCAAAGCCAAAGACGGCGAAGGUGAAGUUCAACGAAGCAGAUCACAAGCCGAAGCUCUUCUCCCCAGGCCAUGCUACUGCACAAUUCGAUAAGCAGGAUUUCGUAUUUGGCACAUCGAGCCAGCUUGCUGUGGACGAAGAUGCGGCGUUCAUACGCGAUAUGCAGGCUGCUGUGAGGGAAUCCGAGAUGAUGCUACAGCCUGAUACCAGCGCCAGUCUUUCGCCUCAGAAGCAGGGUACGCAAGCCAUAGCGUCGCCUCCGAGCUGGAAGAGCUGCGUUCGUGUGCCAACUGCUCCUCAUGGGACCAACUUGUCGGUCGGUCAAGCCGACAAAGAGCACUGGUGUACAUCAUCGCGAGACAGGAAUGGUGGAGUGGUUAAGAUCCCUCCGAUCAAUUCGCUCUCUGGCCCACGACGAAGUCUCGCACGAACGUCUGAUGUUGCAGCAGCGCCGUCCGGGCUUGCAUCUUCUGGCGUGGUCUUUAAGUCACGAGGCGCAGACGACGUCCCCUGUAUACCUCAUGCUGAAGCCCGCGAGGGUACCUUCGGUGUUCCGCAAGGCACUGAAGGGCCAAUAGUCCCUCCCAUUCAGGCCAACAGCUUGGCCACUGGCCUGCAAACUUCCCCAUCGCCACUGGAGCUACCACCAUCUUCUCCUGCCAACGACGCAAACGACCGUGACGACAACGAUGAUGAUACGUGGAUGCUUCUGGGCAGUGACGACUCGAUAGCUGCACCCGUACUACCUCACCCCGGGAACGAAGUGACUGACAUCGUGGUGAAUGAUGAUGGCUCUCCGGCGCCCGCGAAAGACAACCGGAAAAUUGGACCACCCCUUCCACAGUCGGUCAUGCCGAUGAGAUCUCCAUUGCGACUGCUUGAUCGCAACCUGCCGGUGCUCGCUUCUCCUUAUUCCACAAAAGCUAGGACAAAGCCUGCAAAGAACGUUUCACCGCCAGCUGACACUGCUGCCGCGAAGGCAGUACCCCUGGGUCAACAGAGCAAGUCUUCACCGCCGCGUAAACGAGGACGCCCACCUAAGGCGGCGGCGGCGAUCACAGCUGAGUUACAACAUCAAAGCAACAAUGCAACAGUCGCCUCCCAGCCAGCGGCAGCUACUGAGUUCAUUGACAUAGAUGUGAUCUCAGACUCAGACGCCCCCGUGACGCCCUCUCCGCCUCGGCGACGAGCCAAGUCCCUCUCUCCGGCCGUCACACCACUCAAGUUGACUCCUGUGAAGGCACGCGAGCUCGAAGCAAAAGCACCGGCAGUGGUCGUUCCUACGCUGAAGUCUGGCGACUCACAUUGGCAGUCAGUGCGAGCAGCAACCUUCACACGCAUCACGCAAGCUGUGAAGGCUGGCCCGCGUACCGACAACUCGGAUAAACCUUCUUGGUGGCAGAAGAUUCUACUCUACGAUCCCAUCGUACUGGAAGAUCUAACUGCCUGGCUCAACGAGCGAGGGAUGAAGGUGGAGGUCAAGAAGCAGAACCCGCGGCCCAAGAAGAAGGGCCGAAAGAAGAAGGACGAUGCUGAGAUUGCCGAAGAGCCUGAAUGGGAAGUGGUUGAAGAACCGCUCCAGCCUUGGAUGGUGCAGAAGUGGUGCGAGGAGAUGAGCGUUUGUUGUCUAUGGAACGGCGGACUGAGGGGAGGAGUCAAGACGGCUUAUUGA